AUGACUACCUACAAAAUUAACACUACAUUCCUAAGUUUAUCUUUUAAACUCAAAUAUAAGCUUGGACCUAAAAAUAGCGAGGCUCUGGUUAGGCAACGUGGACCGAGGCGGAGGGUGGCAGGGUGGCAGUGGGUGGUACGCCGCUUGGCCGUGAACUGCGCCGACCCCUCGCGCCCACGUUACUUCGUUUCCUCUCAGUCCGCAAACAUUACCUGCUGCCAAUUAAAUUACCUACUUCAGGUGGUUUCAGAUCAGAUUAGUGCUCAGAAAUCUUGUAAGACUAACACUCUAAAACUGAAAUAA